GAGAGAGAGUGAGGAGCGAGGGAGGGAGGAGAGGCUGCUGUGACUUGUGAUAGAAAACGGCAGCGAGCACAUCCAGUCCGGGGAGCCGCUGCUGCUGCGACAAGAUGCUGAGCGUCGCCCUGCUGUGUGUGUGCGCCGUCGCCUUCGGACGCGUCUCCGCUCGCGCAGACAGCGGCAAUUUUUUGGACGAUAAGUGGCUCACUGGGAGAUCAUGGGAUAAAUUCAAAGACGAAGUUGAGGAGCCGGGAACGUGGACUCCAUCCAGACCCUUCGAUCAAGGCCUUGAUCCGGCCAAAGACCCCUGUCUGAAGAUCAAAUGCAGUCGGCACAAGGUGUGUGUGGCCGAGGAUUACAAGACUGCUGCUUGUGUCAGCCAGAGGAGAGUCAGUUUCAAAGAAGCCAAUUUGUACCAGAAUCCAGGGUCAAAGUGCAAACCGUGCCCCGUGGUUCAUCCCUCGCCUGUUUGUGGAAGUGACGGCCACAGUUACUCCACUAAGUGUAAGCUAGACUACCAGGCAUGCAUCACAGGAAAGAAGAUCACCGUCAAGUGUCCUGGCAUGUGUCCUUGUACCUCCCAUCCCGCUCAACAAAGUUCUUCAGAGAAAAAAGUCUGCAGUGAGUCGGAUUUGAAGGAGGUGGUGAGUCGCCUGAGAGACUGGUUCAGAGUGCUGCACGAGAACGGCAACCACAAGAGAGUCAAGAUCCAAAAACCAGAAAAGAACAAGUUUGAAGUCGGAGCGUCACCCAUUUGCAAGGAUCCUCUGGGCUGGAUGUUCUCCCGUCUGGACACUAACUUUGACCUGCAGCUGGACCAGUCGGAGAUCAAGAGCUUGUAUCUGGACAGGAAUGAGCCGUGCUCCGACGCCUUCUUCAAAUCCUGUGACACGCAUCCCGACAAAAUUAUAACCAGCUCUGAGUGGUGCACGGGCUUCCAGAGGUACACAGAUUCCCCAUGCAAAGCCGAGCUCUCCGGUAUCAACAAAAAGCUCUCCGGGAAGAAAUUACUUGGCCAGUAUCUGCCGUCCUGUGAUGAGGAAGGUUACUACCGGACCCACCAGUGCCACAGCAGCAGCGGCCAGUGCUGGUGUGUGGAUCGCUACGGCAACGAGGUGGCAGGCUCGCGCACGCAUGGCCCUGCAGACUGCGGUGUCGUUCUGGAGUCUUCUGGGGAUCUGGGCAGUGGGGACUCACUGUUCACUGAUGACGAUGAAGAUUCGUUUAUCCCUAACGACCAGGCAGGUAUGGACAACGAGGAUGACGAAGAUGAGGAUGACGAUGAUGACAAUGAUGAAUAUCUGUCUUAAGUUAACAAACAAACAAACAAAAAAAACUGUAUAUUUGGUCAAAUUGCACGUUUUUAGGUGACUCUCCAGGCAGAAUAUUCAUCAUCUUACUAACAGCCUUUGGACUCUUCAGUGUGCUGUUUAUCAUCGAUUUUGGUGAAAAAAAAAAAAAAAACAUUUCUGAAAUACUUUUUAUGUUUUUUUUUCCCUUCUGCUAAAAUAGAAAAAAAAUACUUGUACAUGUGUGUCAACCAACAAGAGAAUACGAUGAGCAGUCGAUCUGUUUGGAUUUGAUCACUUGUGCAGGAGACCCUCUUCUUUCAUUGGACACCCUGUGUCCCUCGGUGUCUCGUGUCCUUGUGCAGCACUCUCAUGCUCGAGCGUGCUGAUGCCCGAGGCACAACGGUAAAGAGAUUUCCCUCCAUCGUCUUCAUCUCCUUUUAUCCUUAUCAAAAUGUUUCUGUGCAUAGGUGGGACGUUGAUGAUGUAGAUAAAAAAAAAACUGCGUUCUUUAGGUUUCUUUUGAUCUCAAUUUUUAACUGUGACUGUAACUUUGUGGGAAAACAAGAUAAGAAUUAAAGUUAGAACUAAUUUAUACGAACAAACGUAGGUUGGAUAAUAAACUGAGCCAACAUAAUGGCAGUUUUCAGUGAGACUCCAGAGGUUCAGUAAGGAAGGACAAGAAAUGACUGUUUUGUCUUUUGGUAAUUUGGUGCCCCG